UUCCGGGUGAAAGAAAAAAAAGCAGCAUUUAGCUGUAGAAUUUAUGUAAAACCCGUGUUCCUCUGAGAAAGUGUGGGGGAAGAGGGAAGAAUCACUAAAAUAAUCUAGGCUUGUGUUUUUGGGCACACUAGGAAGGGGCCAGAAAGGAGGGGGCGAAAUUGAAACUGUUGUUUCUGUGUUGGGCUUUUCCACUGCGGCUCCCACUCUGCCUGGAUUUUGCUUUUCGCUGGGCAGAGCGAAGCAUCAGCAGCGUCUACUUACCAGGAAAUAAAGUCACAAAUAAACAGCAUGAUCCCCGAAUCGGCAGCAACUUCGCUUUUUUGCUGAUAAUUUUCUGCAUUGGUUCAAACUACGGUAGAGCAAAGGCUGGGUGUCGGAAACGAGCAGCUACCAUUGUGAGGUGAGGAUCUCACUACAAAAUGACGGCCUGCAUAACAGUCACUGAUAGGGAUACCGGGUCAACUCCACUCCAAAAUGGGGACCUGCAUCAAGCUCCAUGGGCAUCAAAGCAAAUUGGAACAGGGCUAAAAGUUAGCUUUUAUCCUAUUCCCAGCAAACCCGAGAACAACUGCUUAACCUAUCCACUGGGUGAAUAUAUUGCAGAAGAGAUUUGUGUAGCUGCUUCCAAAGCCAGUGGAAUUCCCCCAGUGUACCACAGCUUGUUUGCUCUGAUGAAUGAGAAAGACCGGUCAUGGUACCCUCCAAACCACAUCUUCCACAUUGAUGAAUCAACAGAUGAAUGCACCAUCUAUCGGCUAAGAUUCUACUUUCCACACUGGUAUAGUCCUGGACACAAGAGAGCAUAUCGUUAUGGUGUUACCAAGGGUGCAGAGAGCCCUUUCAUCGAUGAUACUAUAAUGAUGUAUCUUUUUGCUCAGUGGCGUGAUGAUUUUAUUAACGGAUGGGUCAAGAUCCCAGCAACACACGAAAUGCAAGAGGAAUGUCUUGGUAUGGCAGUGCUUGAUAUGAUGAGGAUGGCAAAGGAAAAUGGCCAAUCCCCUUUGGACAUUUGCCAUUCAAGAAGUUAUAAAUCAUUGUUGCCAGAAAAUGUUCGGCUACAAAUCCAGAAUUACCAUAUUGUGACAAGGAAGCGGAUCCGGUACAGAUUUUACAGGUUCAUCCGUCAGUUCAGUCAAUGCAAUGCAAGCGCUCGAGAUCUGAAGCUGAAAUACCUCAUUAAUAUGGAAAAUCUGCAGCCUGAUUUGUUCUCUGAGUAUUUUGAAGUGAAAGAGCCUGUAUGCGGCCCUGCGGGGGAAGAUAUCUAUACAACUAUCAUUGUAACUGGAAAUGGUGGCAUUCAGUGGAUGAAAGGGAAAUAUAAAGACAAUGAAUCCCAGUCUUCUCAGGAUCUGCAAUCUUAUUGUGAUUUCCCUGAAAUCAUCAAUGUCAGCAUCAAAGAAGCAAGCAAAGACGGCUCAUCUGAGGGCAGAAUUGUCACCAUAAACAAACAAGACAGCAAGACUUUGGAAAUCGAAUUUCCGUCCCUAAAGGAAGGCUUUUCAUUUGUGUCACUAAUUGAUGGAUACUACAGAUUAACUGCAGAUGCCCACCAUUAUCUCUGUAAAGAGGUUGCACCACCAAGCUUGUUGGAAAACAUUCAGAGCUAUUGUCAUGGGCCCAUAUCGUUAGACUUUGCUGUGAAUAAACUCAAGAAGGCUGGGAAUCAGAAAGGCUUUUACAUUCUUCGUUGUAGUCCUAAAGAGUUCAAUAAAUAUUUUCUCACUGUGGCUGUGGAGAAGGACGGUGUAACUGAAUGGAAGCAUUGUUUAAUUACCAAAAAUGAGAAUAAUGAGUACAAUCUCAAUGGUGCUAAGAAGAGCUUCAGCAGUCUUAAAGAUUUGCUAACCUGCUACAAAAAGGAGACAGUUCGAUCAGAUGGUGUUAUCUUCCAGUUUAUCAAAUGCUGUCCACCAAAACCAAAAGAUAAAUCUAAUCUUCUAGUCAUGAGAAGCAACUGUGUUUCUGAUCCCACUACAUCUCCCGUGUUACAGAGGCAUAACAUCACCCAGAUGGUUUUUCACAAAAUCAAGAAAGAGGAUCUGACAUUUGGUGAAAGCCUCGGACAAGGGACAUUUACCAAAAUUUUCAAAGGAGUGAGGCAGGAAAUGGGAGACUAUGGUCGGAUACACAAAACGGAAGUUCUCCUAAAAGUUCUAGAAAAAGCACACAGAACUUACUCAGAGUCCUUUUUUGAGGCAGCAAGCAUGAUGAGCCAACUGUCCUACAAGCACUUGGUGUUGAACUAUGGAGUCUGUGUAUAUGGUGAAGAAAAUAUCAUGGUUCAAGAGUAUGUGAAGUUUGGUUCAUUGGACACGUACUUGAAGAGAAACAAAAACCAUGUGAACAUCCUAUGGAAGCUGGAUGUAGCCAAGCAGUUAGCUUGGGCAGUGCAUUACUUGGAAGAAAGAAACCUUGUCCAUGGAAAUAUCUGUGCAAAGAAUGUCCUGAUGAUCAGAGAAGAGGACAGAAAAACAGGAAAUCCGCCAUUCAUAAAGCUAGCUGAUCCUGGAGUGGGGAUAACAGUUCUGUCGAAAGAUGUUCUAGUUGAACGUAUUCCUUGGGUGCCACCAGAAUGUAUUCAGGAUCCCAAGAAUUUCAGCCUGGCAACGGACAAAUGGAGCUUUGGUGCCACCUUAUGGGAGAUUUGUAGUGGAGGAGAUAAACCACUUGGUCUGUUUGACAGCACAAGGAAAUUGCAAUUUUAUGAAGAUAAACAUCAGCUUCCUGCUCCAAAGUGGUUGGAACUGGCGAAUCUCAUCAAUCACUGCAUGAAUUAUGAACCAGACUUCAGGCCUUCAUUCCGUGCCAUAAUACGUGACCUCAAUAGCCUGUUUACUCCAGAUUAUGAAUUAUUGGUUGAAAGUGACCUUUUGCCAAAUAUGAGAGGAGGUGGCCUUGGAUUCCUUGCUUCCUGUGGAAGUCAUGAUCCUGCACAGUUUGAAGAAAGGCAUCUCAUAUUCCUGCAGCAAUUGGGCAAGGGCAACUUUGGUAGCGUUGAGCUCUGCCGUUAUGACCCACUGCAGGACAGCACAGGUGAUGUGGUGGCAGUGAAGAAACUGCAGCAGAGCACCGCAGAACACAUUCGUGACUUCGAAAGAGAAAUCGAAAUUCUCAAAUCUCUGCAACACGAGAACAUUGUCAAGUACAAAGGGGUGUGCUACAGCGCAGGACGGAGAAAUUUGAGAUUGAUUAUGGAGUACUUGCCUCACGGAAGCCUGCGUGACUACUUACAAAAAAAUAAAGAUCGGAUUGAUCGCAAGAAGCUACUAGCUUACGCCUCUCAGAUUUGCAAGGGAAUGGAAUACCUUGGAACUAAGCGAUACAUUCAUCGAGAUUUGGCUACACGAAACAUCCUUGUAGAAAAUGAGAACAGAGUGAAAAUUGGUGACUUUGGUUUGACGAAGGUUUUACCACAAGACAAAGAGUAUUACAAGGUGAAGGAACCAGGAGAAAGCCCAAUCUUUUGGUAUGCUUUGGAGUCUCUAAUGGAGAAUAAGUUUUCUGUGUUUUCAGAUGUGUGGAGCUUCGGGGUGGUGUUGUAUGAGCUCUACACAUACAGUGAGAAGACAAAAAGUCCACCAUCAGAAUUCAUGCGCAUGAUUGGCAGUGACAAGCAAGGACAAAUGAUUGUUUUCCAUUUGAUCGAGCUGCUUAAAGCAGGAAGAAGGCUGCCCAAACCGGAAGAAUGUUCUGACAUGAUGUAUUCGAUCAUGAUGGAGUGCUGGAAGAAUACAUCAGAUCAGCGCCCUAAUUUUAGAGAACUUGCUCAGAAAGUGGACGCAAUGAGGGAUUCUGUGGGAGGAUGAAUAUGCAGAGAUUUCAUCUGAGUCUCUUUCAUCGUAACACAACUGCUGCUUAUCCAAUUUGAGGCUGAAGCAUUCACUCUUGGAUGAUAUUCCAAACUGAGGAGAAUCGUCCCUUCAUGUCCUGCCAGACUGGAUCACUAUGAACUUCUUUCGCAUCUCCUGGGGAAAUAGCAGCCCUUCAACGGUGAAAUCACAGGGCAACCAACUGAUGAAUUCCAAAAAGUAAUUGAUUGGGCUUUGUAACUAUGCUGUAGCUCUCCAUUUAAGCUGCUUAAAGUAGCAGAGUUACCUUUACAGAGAUUCCUCUUCUUAAUGGUGAUAAUAGGAAAUUUCCCUUACAAUGAACACCAAAUUGCCUUGUUGUUGAAUAUAAUACUGUAUUAUGUGUGCUAUUUGCAUAAGAGAAAGAAUUCUAAUUUUGUAUUGAUUUUUUAAAUCUAAAACUGCUCUAGGGAUACGACAUUGCAAUCUCAUUACACUUACCAUAGGUUACAGCAUAAAGAAAUAUUGACAGGAAUGGAAAUGAUGCCAUGGUGUAAAUAUCUUAAAACAAAAUUAGCUCUAUUGUUGAAAGAAAAACAAGCUCUGGAGCUGAAAUGUUCCUUAAAUCUGCGAAAAUGUGAAUGUGAAUACAGAGGUGCAUUAAACAAUAUCUUGGAACGAAUGUAGAACUGCAAAAUAAUGUGCAUGUCAGAGAUGGGAUAAGUUAAAGAUUAUCCAAUGGUGAAAAAAGUUAGAAAUUACCUUUAUGUAUCGUGCAAAAUAACCUAAAAUUGCAAAAGAAGAAAUAUUUACUACAUCAGGUAUGAUCUAAGAUACACAGCAAUGCGUUAUUAGUACAAGCCUGAUUAAUAUUGUGUAUUAUACUGCAAUUAUGUGUGUAUUUUUUUACAAUUGGAUCAAUAAUGUCUGCUUAGGUAACUAUAUGGAGACAAGCUCAGGGACUUUUGUUUUACAUGUAGAGGAUGCAGGGUUGAUUAUUUAGUCCAUUGCAGUUAAUUUGCAUGUAUUCCUUUACUUACGUUAAUCCGUUAGCUCAGGCCAAGUUGCUACUGCACCACCAUUUGUUCAAGGACAAUCAGAGAGAGAAAAUAUCAGCCUUUCCAAUAACACUUGUGCCCUGAAAAUGUUUCUUUUCAAACUAUGCAAACUCCCAUACACCCUUGACUUACUCUUCAGUAGAUCAUGCCAUUAAGAGUAAACGUUCAGCACGGACUAGGAGGGCCUAGGUGGCCUGUUUCCGUGCUGUGAUUGUUACAUGGUUAUUAUAAAGGGACCAGACUUAUUUUUUAGUUUGACUACUAUAAUGUAAAGAUUCUGUAUGGGAUUAAUCAGUGUUUAAAAAGCUUGUCUUUGCAAAAUAAUAUAUGGGUAUUUCUGUAAAUAAGGAGGAGGGGAUUUUCAGUCACACAGUGUGACUCUGCUGUGUUUGAUGGAUUGAAAUUAGCUUGAGCUCUGGGUCCUGCUUGCUGAUCAGUGUCACAUUGCAUCGCAGUCCAUUCGUAACGCUGGGUCGCAUGGACUGCAUGCUUCAGAAAGUGGUCUGUCCGCAGGUCAAGCGAAUGUAGGAAGGAAGGGACUGAGCAGCUGCCAGACUAAUGAAAAAAGGAGCAGUCAAGAGAUCCCUGAGGGCAUCUCACUAUCUGAGCAAUAUUCAGAAUAGUUAGACAAGGCUAGAUAGAUUGAAUUCAGAGGAUUUUACCCCUAGUUGAGGUAUCCAGAAUGGGGUGAGGGGGUUACAGGGCCAUGAUACUGGUUAUUUAGGAAUGAGAUGAAGAGAGAUGGUGCAAGAGGAAAGGCAUCAGAUGCCUGGGAUCUAUAUAGCCUAGAGAGUUUGUAUCUCAGCAGUGCUGGGACCAGUAUCUUGAAAGGCAGGUUUACAAGUGCUGUUGGGAAGAGUUUAAGUGUGCUUGGCAGGAUAAUGGAAACGUGAGAAUCAAAUGCAGAGAUGGAUAUGAAUCAGCUGAAGGCAUUGAAUGAUACUUGAAAGUAUAUUGCAGCUAUUAGGGAUUUAAUGGCUGGAAUGGCAAGUUAACAAUCUGAGUUACGGGAUUUCCUACUGAGGUAGACAGGACAAUGGAGAGUAAGUGGUAGUACUUGGUCGAAGAAGAGCAAUGGAAAGGGCUGGUAUGUUGAAAGUGUCUGCAAAUGAGGUUACAUAGGUUGAACUAAAGAACAAAAAAGUCUAAAGUGCGAGAUUUCUUUGUCAGUGAUAGUGGGGAUUUUAGUUACUUUGAUUCAGGGGUACAGUCCACAUGAAAAUAACAGGCCAUAGAUAGCUUUCAGAUCAGUGAGAAGAAUGUGAGAAUGAGAUUCAAACUAAAAAUGCUCCUUCAAAAUGAAAGGAUGUGACUGUCAAAAGGUUAUGAUAAUAUGGGAUGAAAUACGCAGGAUUGAUAUAGGAUUAUGAUAAAUGGUGCCAUCUCCAAUGGAAUCCUCCCACCAAGCUCAUUUCCCUCCCUGCCCCCACCUCUCUCACUACCAUUCAGAGCUGCAAACAGUCCUUCCAGGUGAGGUGACACUUCACCUUUUGAGUCUGUUGGAGUCAUAUAAUGUGUCUGAUGUUCCAGGUGUGGCCUGACAUAGAUUGGAGGACUGUUUACACUCUGUCCACCAGAAGAAGUGGGAACUCCCAGUGGCCACCCAUUUAAAUUCUAUAUCCCAUUCCCAUUCCGAUAUGUCAACCCAAUGGCCUCCUCUACUGUCACAAUGAGGCCACACUCAGGUUGGAGGAACAACACCUUAUAUUCCAUCUGGGUAGCCUGCAACCUGAUGGCGUGAACAUUGAUUUCUCGACCUUCUGGAAAUCCCUUUCCCCAUCUCAUUCAGCAUUCCCCUCUCACCUUAUCUGCUUGCCUGCCCAUCGCCUUCCUCUGGUGCUCCUUCCCCGAUUUCUUUCUUCCAUGGCCUUCUGUCCUCUCCUAUCAAACUGACCCUGCUCCAGCCCUGUAUCUCUUUCACCAAUCAACUUCCCAGCUCUUCACUUCAUCACUCCCCAUCCCAGUUUCACCUAUCACCUUGCGUUUCUCUCUCCCCUCCCCCACCUUUUAAAUCUACUCAUCUUUUCUCUCCAGUCCUGCCGAAGGGUCUUGGCCGGAAACAUCGACUGUACUUGUUUCCCGUAGAUUCUGCCCAGCCUGCUGAGUUCCUCCAGCAUUUUGUGUGUGUUGCUUGGAUUUCCAGCAUCUGCAGGUUUUCUCUUGUUGGUAAACAGUUUUUGAUGGUUGGUGCAGGUUCAGUGGGCUGAAUGGCCUGUUGAAUCUAUGACUCUACUGUUAGGACCAUUUUUAGUUUGAAUCUCUUUAUUUGAGUAAUUUUGGUCACUAGUUUUUGGAAAGGGUGUAAUUGCACUAGAGGAGAGGACACUGAACUCAGAAAUGAGAGUUAUGAGGACAGAUCAGACUUUCUUCUUUGAAUCAGAGGAGCUGGGGGAAGACAGGUGAGGACCUGAGGACAGUAAACUGGGAGAGCCUUUUUCUUGGGCAGUGGAUCAAGGAUGUAGAAUUAAAGUCAUUGGUCAGAGGUUUAGAAACUAGAAGCUAACAAAAAUGCAAAAAUGUUUUCACUUUGAUGAUGGGCAAGAGUCUGGAAUUCAUGACUGAAAGAAUGGGGGAGGCCAAGCCCUUCAUCACGUUUAAACAGAUCUGGAUGUGUACAAGAGCUGUGAACCGCAGCUACAUGCACCCAGAGCUGAAAGGUGGGAUUAGACUGGGAGUUCUUGUUCAAUUGGCACAAUGGGCUGAAUGGCCUCUUACUUUCGUAUAAUUUUUCUGUGACUAUCUGUAUCCAACACUUAUGUGCAGAGAAUUAAUACUAGCCGAACAUCUAGCUACCAAGGACAUACUCUAUUCUGUGCAAAAACUAUUCAAAAUAUCCCUUUAUCAUUGACUGAAGUGGCCUUGUUAUUGAUUAGGGAUUUACAACUAAUAAAAAGAACUUAGCAAGUCA